GGCGAUGGUGCCAAUGUUGACGUUAACCAUAUUAGUAAACUAUAAUCCAAUGACUAUGAUUCAUUGAGAGUACUCAUAAGCUUUGCUCAGUUGCCGCAUUCAGUUUUUGAAAUAUUCUGUAUGCAUUGAUGCAGAUGGAUUCUUCCAACUUGCAUCGUUUGAAUGAUUGUAUUGAAGUGGCUAGAUCGCUGUCUAAUCCCAGAAAAGUUGUGGAAGAUGACACCUGCAUGGAACGAAUUCUAACUACGUUGGAAAAAAUUUUGAAGUCUUAUACCUCUGAAAUAUUGUUGCCAGAAAUUGAAGAUUUUCUAAGAAAACUUGAAGAGAAUUGGGAAUUAAUAAAAAUUGAUGUUGUCAAAUACUGCCCAGCAAGUAUCAAUUAUUUGUUAAAACUUAAUGCAAUAUUUCUUUCAAGUGUUCAUUUAGAUUCAAACUGCUGGAAGUCCUCAGUGAAAUUUAUCGCGGAAUUUCCAUUGCUAUUUUUGUCUCCAGGAUCAACAAAUUGUAAUAACUCGUUCUCUCCUUCAAUUGGGUAUUCUUGGAUAAAUUCUAUAAGAAUCUUAAUUUCACCAAAGUAUGGUUAUAAGGAAGUAUGUUCACAAAUAAACAUUGAUCAUGUAAUUCAUCUUUGUGAAGUUCCAUCUAUCUUUGUGCACAAAGAGGCAUGUAAGUGCUUAGCUGAAUUUGUGGUUUCACACUCAGCAGAUAAACCAUCUGCAAUGGUGCAGCAAUUUAAAACAAAGGUAUAUAAUGCGAUUACCAAAAGUUUGCUUGUGAAUUCAACUCUGGAAAUAAUCACCAAAAUGUUGUUAAACCAUUAUCAUGCUGCUGUGAUGUUUUUGUCAUUUGAGCAUUUCAAUGAAUAUAUUGACUCGCACAAUGAUCAAAUACUAGAGUUAUGUGUUUCCAGUAAUGCACUGUUGUGCCAUUUAUUCCAUGCUCUGUUCAAUGAACAUACAGAUAAUGAAAUUCCGGAUGUUACGGAAAAUGUAAUUUCAUGUUCUACAGCAUUUCAAUAUUCUGUAAAUGCAAUAAUUAGCAAUCCCACAAAAAGUGUGGGUUGGAAUAUGUUGACCUCAGUCUUAAUGCAUUGUCCUUAUUUGGAAAAUGACAGUUUGAUUUGUGGUAAGGCGAUUAUAUCAUAUCCAAUUGACAUGCUUUUUGGAGAUAAGAAUGUCAUUUCCAAAGACAUUGGUAUUUAUAAAAAGUACACUGAAAAAGUGAUGUCAAUGCAUGUAAAUAGGACGAAAAUGACAGCAAUAUUUCGCAAUUCUCUGGAAUCAAUUUCAAAACUUUGGAAAACGAACAGUAAAUUUUAUUCUGUUGAAAUGAUGGAACGACUGUUAAAAAUAUUUGAUUAUAUAGGCAAUAUGGAAAGCACCUAUGCACUCAAAGAUGACUCCUCAAUCAUUGCUGAAAAUUGGAAUAUUAUGGAUGUUUUGAUGAAUUUAAUGGUAGAGUGUUUUGAUAAAUUUGGGAGCAGCAACGUACAAAAGCAAUUCAAAAUUACUCUAUUGUCUGUUAUGGGGAAUCGGAAUGCCAAUAACAGCGUUUGCUGCCUUUGUCAAAGACUCGUCAUUAAAAUUUUAAGCAUAGGUGAUGAUAUUCCUUUUCUGAACACAUGCUUAGAAAUUAAGAAGUUGAAAUUACACGAUCGAAGAUGGGAAAUCAGAGAUUCAGCUUUGGAGUUUUUGUCUCAACUUUUGCUUCUAGAAUCAAACAAUAUGACAAUCAGUUCAAAUUUUAAAAAGCAUUAUUUGGAUGAAGUAAUUUUACAUCUUGUAAAUGAUUCCAACAGUUUUGUAAAAGCAACUGCAUUGUUGCUAUUAAAGGACAUUUUAAUUAAAACAAACCUUUUUGAUGAUUGUAUUGAUACUGUAGUUUUACCAUCUCUGUUGAAUAUUUUGACUAAUGAGAGAGAAGCUGCUCCUCGUCGUGCUGCAGUAUUCGCUUUCUUGGAAUGCCUCAAGAAAAAAGACUCUCUAGUUGAAAGCUUCCUGCGUCUUUCAUUUCGCAGGAAGAAUAUGAAAGGAGGAAUUACAAGUAGAGAAUUGUUAAACAAACUUGAACUUCAGAAUAAAGACGAAACUCUGCAUAUAGAAGUAUUGAAUGCAGUGUUUCAUUGCUUAUAUGGUGAUUUAGAUUGGGAGGUUAAAUUCAAUGCCAUAGACAUACUUGAAUAUUUCAUACGAUUUGUCAGUAGUAACAUGCCAUCAGUCACUAGGGUAGAAAGUGAUGAAACAUGUCAAUACUUGAAAAAAUUAUUAGAAUACAUGUUUGAAGAUUGUGAUACUGUGGUAGGUGAAAAAGCUAAAAAUCUAUGUCAUGAGUUAUUUCCCCAAUCAUCCGAAUUAAGUGAACAACAUCACACUGCAACACCAGUUGAUAAAGUGUGUUUGGCCGAACUUGAUAGUUUAUUGGAAGAUGUUUUAGGUUCAUUGAGACAAGAGCAACAGAAGCGUCUUACUCAUGGAUGUCAUGGACCAUCCAUUGAUAAUGAUCUUGAAUAUGAUGAUUCUGUGGUUUUAGAUUGUUAUUGAUUGAUAAUCAUUUAAAAUUUUUCUGUGUGUUUUGCCAUAAAAAAUAACAUAGCCUUACCCACUAUCAAUUAGCAUAUAAGAUUUGAAUUGUAUGAAUCAUUCUUAUGGUGUUCAAAUUUAUGCCUUAAACUGGGAAUAUUCUAGACCAGGGUUCUUCAAACUGGGGUCCCGACUCCGGACCUGCCCGGUGGGUCGCAGUGCCCAUUGUUGUACGCUUCUUCUUUUUGCCUCCACUUAUCGGAUCUUAAUUUGUGCUAUUUAUUACUACCUAGUUCUUA